AGGAAAUGUUUUUUUUUUUUAACAUACCUUCAUCAAGUUGUUAGCUGACUGUCGCGUCUUCUGCUUUCUUUUUGAUUACCUUUAUUUCUGCCUGGAACAUAAUUAACCAACUAAGAGCAAAACGGCUGUCCGUGUUGUGCUCCGUCCGGGCGGCUGGAGCCCAAACCCGACGAUACGUUAGCUCCCCGGUUCCUGCGGACAACCAUUUAAAGCCUUGGUGAAUCAUGGCGGAUGAAAAUACACAGUUCUGUGGAAACUGCAAACAUGACAUUCCAGAGGCUAAUUUCACGACCCAUGAGAUCCACUGUCGGAGAAACAUCGCACUUUGUGACGUUUGCCAGGAGCCGGUGCCCCGCUCUGAUCUGCAGGAGCACAAACAACAGGAACAUACAAAGAUUACAUGCAAGUGUGGUUUGAAGAUUGAGAAGAAUCAUUUCGAUGUUCAUCAGAGCUCUGAAUGUUCCCAGCGGUUGGUCCCGUGCCAAUACUGUGAGCUGGAGAUCGUUUUCAGUCAAUCCAAAGAACAUGAAGAUUACUGCGGCACUCGCACCGAGCUCUGUUCAAACUGCAAGUGCAACAUUAUGUUAAGGGAACAAGCUGUGCACCCGGUCCUGUGCGGGAGCCUUACACCGCCCCAAGAGAGGAACAACAGCCGGACUAGUCGCAGUCCUGGAGAGCCGCAGUCUCCUGGGCCGUGGUUUGAAGCCCACUCCAUCCGAAACCUCCUGAGAGACCAAGAGAGAGGCCCAAAGAAUAACAACAUCAGUGCCGCGGAACAACAGGCCUUUUCACGGCCAUUCGAACCCCGAGUUUAUAACGCUGCAAGGGGACCUCAGAGCUCAGGGGACUGGAAGAAUACCGCCCCGAGAAACACAUUCAGCCACUUGCUGGGGCAGAGUGACUUUCUGAGCAGCAGCAGCGGCAGCAGUGCGUGGCCUCACAGUGAGCUCACAGAGGAUCAGGAUUCCUCAGGCCUGGACUACAUGUUGGCUCUCAGCCUGCAGAGUGAUGGAGAGUCCGUGGCCGGAGGUGUAGAAGGCAAUCUGUGGAGCGGCAUCUGGGAGAACAAGAUCGGGAAGACGUCCAACACCUCCAUAAACUCUCCCCUCACAACGCCCAACAACAACUAUCCCAACUUCUCUACAGGCACGAGUACGAGUUUACUCCAAGACCACGAUCAGACGGAUACCAUGCUACCCUGUGAGUUUUGUGAAGAGCUGUUUCCUGAAGAGGAUCUCAUUUUGCAUCAGACCGGGUGCAGCCCCGCCUCCGCCUUUGCCUCCUAUAGCAAGCACCCCGUGUCUCCGUCUAAAGACGACAGGACGGGCAGAAAUGCUGGAGGCCUGAUGCACAACAUCCCCGACACACUCGCCUCCAACAUCCCCACUUUCCCUCGCUCCGUCUCCCCGGCCUCCUACAGUCCUCCUGCCAGUCCUCUAGAGGGCGACGUGGUCAUUCCAUGUGAGUUCUGUGGGGUUGCUCUGGAGGAGGCUGUCGUCUUUCACCAUCAGGACAAAUGUGACAUGCGUCCUCAAGGCGCUCAUCCACUGAACAACGUAACGAAAGAAUCUCUGAAGAAACCACCGAGUCCCAAAGACACCUUCGGCCAAACGUGUCCAGAUUUUCAAAGUAGAAUAAAUCACCAAGAGGAGAACUUUGGAUUCGACGCUCCACCAGCUCAGAGGGAAUGGCCGAGAGGUUACAUCGGACUGCCGAGUCAGAGAAACGCGUCCAGCUGUGACGUCUCUGUGAGGGACCGACCUCAGCAUGGCAGGGGAGCAGAGGGGGCUCAGUCCUCUUUCUGUGACACAGAGAGGUCCGGAUCUUCAUCUCUAAAGGGUUGUUUAUUUCCCAGAGUACAUCAACCAGAAAAUAAAGAAGGGAGAGGGAACAUAAGGAAUCCUAUGUCAAAGUUGCCCAAGAAGCAAAAUGAAGAGCAGCAGGAAGAGUGAGAGCAGCGACAUCAGGAGACACGGAAACCAAAACCUGCGACUCUGCUUUGUCAUUUUGUCUCUUUGCACACGUCUGAGAAUCAAACAUAUACCUAUCUUAUAAGUGCCUGUGUGAGUAUAAGUAUCCUGCAGUUUAUAUUGGGAUGAAUUUUACUAUCAAAUUCUACAUUAAGCAAGACAUUUUGAUUCACUCAUGCAUAGUCGGCUCUAAUCGAAAAAGACCUGUUUCAAACGAUUGUACACGUCUAACAUAUUAGCCUUAACAUAUAAAUUAUACAUUUACGCUGAAUUUGAUUUUGUUUUGUCGUCUUACCUUCAAGUCUUUCCCCGGCUCGUCUUCAAACGCAGACACGAGAACAUGUGGCCGAGCAUUUGUUUAUAUUCAUCUUCACCUCGUUAUUCCAGCUAAGGACGUUUUUUUGUUUUCACCCGUUUUGAGUCGUCUUCAGUGUUCCUGUUCUCGAUCUUCAUGUAACCUAAAGCACUUUGAUACGAUUAUUUUGAUAAAAAAGGGCUUGAGGAACAGGUUUGAUAAACGUAUGCAUCUUUGAAAAGAAGAAAAAAAAACAGAUCAGUUUUAUGGGACAUUAGUCUUUUUAUACUGUUAAACGUUCGUCUUUAAUACUCUUUAAUGAUAUUUUGUUUUUUAAAUCCUAACCAUAGAAGUAUAUUUUGUGUUGUGAUUGCUUUUCUCACAGUGUCUCCUGUCCGAUCUUUUUACGUAGUGUGAAAAAUGUUGUAAGCUGCUCCUCCCGAUAUGAUUUAAGAGUGAUAAGAUGUCUUUUGUGUGUAACAUUGGGUCCAUUAUAGAAAGACGGCAGCAGAGCAUUUAGCUGGUUCAACUCUGAAUAUUCCUGUAUGAGAACAACGCUCUUUCUGCCCUUUGUUUUGUUGUGUUGCUAAUAAAUGUCUAAUGAGGA